UGGGGGAGACCUGCCCCCACCCUGCCCUGCUGUGCCCCUCCCCACACCGUCACCUGGCCCUCCCUCCCGGAGUAGGGCCAGACUGUCCUGCCCGGCCUCUCGGGGUGGGGGGAACCGUUCCCUGGACCCCCUGUGUUUGUCUUGGGCCCACCUCCAAGGUGAGCCCCUCCGGUGGGUGCUCCCUGUGACCAGGGCGGGGUGCCAGGGGUCCCUCUGCCCAGGCCCCUUGGGGUGCCUCAGCCCCCCCAUCACUUGCUCCUGAGUUGGGGGUGGGAGGCAGCUGCUGCCCCCUCUUGGCUUCACCCUGCUGGCUGCAGCUGUGCCCCCCCCCACCUGGGAAAGGAGGCAGCUGUCCAUCCCCCUCGCCAUGCAGCUGUCUGCCCCCCCCCAUGCUAUUUAUAGCCAGUUGGUGAUGUCACCGUUUCCUCCUCGCUCUCCAUGGUGUGAAUUGCUGGAGCCGGCGGCUCAGCCUUGGAACUGCCGGGAAACAGCUCCUGCUGCUCCCCCUUCCCCUGCCGGCUCCCCGGCCCCCCUCCCUCCCCUGCGCCCAGCGCCGGCUCCGCAGGGAGCUUGGCAUCGCACUGCUCAGCUCUCCCUAGCCCGCCGUCAGCCGCCAGGCCAGUGCUGCAGAGCUCCCGGAGCCGUGCGCAGGCUGGGGGCGAUGGGCCGGGGCGCUGGCAUGCUGGGGGCACGCGGCUAGGAGGGGGAGCCCGCGGGCAGCUGGGAGCUCCCAGCAUGGACAGCUGCAGGAUCGGCAAAGACACGGACAUCCAGAAGAAGAUUGACCACGAGCUCCGGAUGCGCGAAGGUGCCUGUAAGCUGCUGGCAGCCUGCACACAGCGGGAGCAGGCGCUGGAGGCAACCAAGAGCCUUCUGGUCUGCAACAGCCGCAUCAUGGCCUACAUGUCGGAGCUGCAGCGCAUGAAGGAGGUGCAGGUGGCGCAGAGGACGGCCCGGCGCCCCUCGGACGCUGGCCCCAUGGACGAUCGCUUACCCUGCAGGGGGAAGGUCUGCGUGUCAGAUCUCCGGAUCCCCUUGAUGUGGAAGGACACGGAGUAUUUCAAAAACAAGGGAGACCUGCAUCGCUGUGCCGUGUUCUGCCUGCUGCAGCUCGGCGUGGAGAUCUAUGACACCGAGAUGGUGCUGGUGGACCGGACGCUCACGGACAUCUGCUUCGAGAACGGAGUCCUCUUCACGGAGGCGGGCCCGGACUUCGAGCUGAAGGUGGAGCUGUACAGUGCGGGGCUGGAGGAGGACUCUGCGCUCGGUAGCACCCCGAAGAAGCUGGCCAGCAAACUGAGCAGCUCGCUGGGACGCUCCUCCGGGAAGCGGCUGCGCGCGGCGUUGGACGGGGCCCCAGGGAGCCCCGUGAGUAAUGGGGGGAGCAGCCCCCUCCUGCUGCCGGCCCCCAGCGUGGCGGGCCCCAAGUACCACCUGCUGGCCCACACCGUGCUCUCCCUGGCCGAGGUUCAGGACAGCUUCCGCACCCAUGACUUGGCCAUCACCAGCAACGAGGAGAGCUCCUUCUGGCUGCCCCUCUAUGGCAGCAUGUGCUGCCGCCUGGCUGCCCAGCCCAGCUGCAUGGCCCAGCAGAUGAUGUGCGGCUUCUUGAAAUUGCAGCAGCAGGUGGGCGAGCAGCAGAGCUGGGCGCGGCUGUUCUGCGUGCUGCGGGGCUCCAACCUCCUCUGCUACCGCCGGCCCCAGGACGCCGAGGCCCCGCUGGAGCCAGCACUCACCAUCGCCAUCAACAAGGAGACGCGGAUCCGGGCCACGGAGAAGGACCCCAGGAACAAGCUGCAGAGCAUGUCGGUGACCAACCGCUACGGGGGGGAGGAGGUGACGCACACGCUGCUGGCGGAGAGCCGGGCCGACACGCAGCGCUGGAUGGAGGCCUUCUGGCAGCACUUCUACGACUUGAGCCAGUGGAAGCAGUGCUGCGAUGAGCUCAUGAAGAUGGAGGUGCCGUCCCCACGCAAGCCCCCAGCCCUGCUGGCCAAGCAGGGCUCCCUGUACCACGAGAUGGCUAUUGAGCCUGUGGACGACAUUGAGGCCGUGACGGACAUCCUGGCACGGCGGGUGACGGCCCUGGAGCUGCGGCCGGACCUGGGCUGCCCCCCAUGGCUGUCUCUCUUCGAGGGGCCCCUGCUCAGCGCGUCCCACGCCAGCAUCACUUCUGAGCCGGCCAGCGCCAGCCCCUCUCGCCCCCGCCCGGCGUGGGGCCGGCCCCGCACGCUCUCCCUGGACGCCAGGCUCAGCACGCUGAAGGGGCGUGCGGGGAAGGGCCCCGCCGCCCCCCUGCGCCCGCUGGCCGGCCCCCCCCACUCCAGCUCCUCCAGCAGCGGCAGCACCACCCCCGAGUCGGAGCGCCAGGGCCGCCGCCCCACCCGGGAUCCCCGCAGCUGUCUGCAGUCCCAGGUCUGAGCAGCAGGGGGUGCCCGGAGCCGGACUGGAGGGGACGGGGGAGAUGCCCCGGGCAGGGGUCCCAGCCAGCCCCAUGGCCCCCCUGCUCAGGCAGCAGCCUUGGCCGGGUCGCGGUGUCAGUUCUCCGUCCUGAGCAGCACCUCCCCACCCCGUCCUCCCGCUGAGCCCCCGCCCCGGGGCCGUCGCUCUCGCAGGGCCAAGGGACCCCACCGGGGCCUGGCUUGUGGGGAGACCGCAGCAGAGCCCGUGCCCCCUCGUCCCCACCCGGGGCAUCCCUGGCGCGCUGCCUGGCAUCUGCUGGGGAGGGCUCUUAGGAACAACCGUCCCUGCCCCCAGCCUGGGGCCCGGGGUCUGCUCGCUCCCCCGGCUGCGCUGAGCCCUGAGCCAAGGGCCUGCCCCACAGGUGCUGAGCUCACCCCCGGCCCCAGGCAGACACAGCACAGGGAGCGGGGCAGCCUGUGGGCUCUUGGGCCCGUGGGGUGGGGCGGGCGGCUGAACUGUCCUCAGCCUGGCGUCAGAGCAAAGGCUGAACCCGGGGGGGGGGGGGGCGCUUCGGGACAAAAAACUGGAAUUAUUUUGGCACAGGUGACGCUGAAGGGGAGGGGGAUGGGCCUGGGGCUUCCCUAAUUCCAGCUCUACCGGCUUCUCUUCACUAACCAGCCCCUGGGGCUGGAAUGGGCUCCAUGCCCCCACCCCCCAAAACAGCCCAGCUCCCCUGCAGCGGUGUGCACAGCCCCUCCCCCAUGGGGCUGGCUGUCGGGGGCAGGGAACCGAGGCUGCAGCUGCCUCAUUAAUAUGCAUUAAAAUGUAUUU